AUGGUUAGAAAAAAGGACAAGUUUUGGGAACAUGUACAACAACUUGGGCCGAGCCAUUUUAAAUGCAAUUAUUGUGAACUUGACUACUCUGGUAGUGUUACUCGAGUGAAAGCUCAUUUGGCUUGCUUGACUGGCCAUGAUGUUCAAAUUUGUACAAAAGUCCCUGAUCAUGUUCAAGCUGAAGCCAGUGUAGAAAUGAAUUUGAGUGCAUCUAAAAAGAAAAGGACGAAUGAGACCCUAGAAAGUGGAAUUGGCUCCACAAGUUCUCUUGGUAGGAGCAUUCAUCAAACCACAAUGACAGAAUCUUUUAUUCAAAUGAUGAAAGGUGCUUGUGCCUAUGGUCAGGGUUUUGUUAUUCCUAGUUACUCUACUCUUCGUACCCGUUUGAUUCCUGAAGCUAAGGUAGAGAUCAUGGAAUAUGUGAGCAACAUAAAGUCAACAUGGGGUGGCACAGGUUGCACAAUAAUGUCUGAUUCUUGGACUGACCUAAAGAAGAGGUCUUGGGUCAAUGUGAUAGCUCAUUCUCCUGGUGGGGCUGUAUUCCUGAAGUGUAUUGAUUGUGGUUCAAAUAGUAUUACUGCUGGAUAUCUUUUUAGAGAAAUAUCUAAUGUUAUUGAAAUGCUUGGAUCACAACAUGUUGUGCAAUUUAUUUCAGAUAAUGGUGCUAACUAUAAUUGUUGUGGUGAUAUGUUGAUUGGAAAAUGGUCUCACAUGUAUCGGACAAAUUGUGCUGCACAUGGGAUUAAUUUGCUUUUAAAGGAUAUCCAUAAGCAUGUUAGAUGGGCAAAGGAGGUUAUUGCUUUUAUGGAUCCUCUCAUUAGGAUUCUUCGCCUUGUUGAUUCAGAUGGUUCCACUGCAUGUUACUUGUAUGAAGCAACUGUUAGGGCAAAAGAAAAAUUGAGAAAGUUAAAGGAGAGUGAUGGACUUUAA